AUGAUCCGGUCACCCUGGCGCGGAAGAAUUCCCGUGAAAACGCUGCUGCUCACCUUGGUCACCGGCCUGUUGCUUGUCCUCCUUGUUGGCUGCGGCGAGCCGACGCCAUUGGAAAUCGCGGCCAAAUCUGACGUGGUGGUGCCCCGGGCGCGAGAGUUGAUGUUGACGGCCAUUUUCUCCCCUGACGCGGAGUGCCGUGAAUUGGGCGGCCAAUUUGCCGAAGAGUAUGAGGUUGACGCGAUGCCAUACGACGACGCCGACCCCAAGGAUCGGAUGUCCAAGCUGGAAAAUUUGGAAAAGGGCCUCGACGACUUCGAAGAGGACCUCGAGAAGGCCGAUUGCCUACCUUGA